CGCGCGGCGCCGCCUCCGCCAUUGCUGCGCGCGGGAGCGGCCGACGCGGAGGCUCGCUGCGCGCUCGGAGCCAGAUCUGCGAGCCGGCGUGGGCGGCAGCCUCGGGUCUCCUGGAACGAUGGUGAAGUUGGGGAACAAUUUCGCGGAGAAGGGCACCAAGCAGCCGCUGUUGGAGGAUGGCUUUGACACCAUCCCCCUAAUGACGCCCCUCGAUGUCAAUCAGCUGCAGUUUCCGCCCCCGGACAAGGUGGUUGUGAAAACGAAGACCGAGUAUGAGCCUGACCGCAAGAAAGGCAAAGCGCGUCCUCCCAAAAUAGCGGAGUUCACUGUCAGCAUCACUGAGGGGGUCACCGAGAGGUUCAAGGUCUCCGUGCUGGUCCUCUUCGCCCUGGCCUUCCUCACCUGUGUUGUCUUCCUGGUUGUCUACAAGGUGUACAAGUAUGACCGUGCCUGCCCCGAUGGGUUUGUCCUCAAGAACACGCAGUGCAUUCCAGAAGGCUUGGAGAGCUACUAUGCGGAGCAAGACUCCAGCGCCCGGGAGAAGUUUUACACUGUCAUCAACCACUACAACCUGGCCAAGCAGAGCAUCACGCGCUCGGUCUCCCCCUGGAUGUCUGUUCUGUCGGAAGAGAAGCUGUCUGAGCAGGAGACCGAAGCCGCCGAGAAGUCCGCUCAGUGAGACGGGCAGGUUCCUUACAAGGUGUCACUUGAAGGUAACCAAGGGACUCGGAGGGACGUUUCAUUAAAUAUAAUUACCGAUACUUUAGAGGUUACUCAUUUAUGGUGCAACUGCUUCUGUUUGCUGAUGCUGCUUUGCAAAUACAACUUGCUGCCGGCCACUCAUGGGCAUAAAACCAAGUGCAUAUCAGCAUUGCUUAAAGAGCUCUGACACCACUUUCCAUAUUAAGGAAUCUUCAUUUAGUACUUUACUGGGACUUAUUGGAAGCUACCAAAAAAUAAAUUUACACUGGAUAUGCAAGGGGUUUGGAUUCAGACAAAUAAUGCAUUUUGUGGAAUUGAUUUAUUUUACACGCCCCGCCCCCCUGCCCUUACCAUUUGCAAUCCUUAGUCCACAGCCAUAUUCAGAGUGAUCCCACGUUGCUAAGAGCAAGCUGUCCUUCAGAAUUUCUUCCAACCUUCAGUCAGGCGGCAACAGUGCCAUUGCUGAGACGCACAGUAGUGAGAGGUAUAGAGAAGGAAGGAAAACAGGACAUCCGGGAGUGGAUGCACCCCUUCUUUCCCUGUGCUCAUCCCUAUGUGUGCACAUGUCCUGCUGCCGAACACUUGGGGUCUCUAUUCCCCCCGCCCGCCCCACCAGGGUUGGCAUCUUGGGUGGAGAGCACCGUGUUUCGCUCCAGCGCACGUGAGGCUGUGGAAAGAGUGGUCCCCCUGGGCUGCGGGCUCCAGGACUCUGUCCCCCCGUAGGUAGCCCGUCUGCUCUGUGACGUGUUGAAUAGGAACGAAACCCCUUUGGUCUUUUGUUCUCUUUGGUUAUGAAUAAAUUUGCACCAGUAGCCCUGUUAGCAAGUUAGUUUUCAAAAACUUAUUUGUGUUGGAAAAGUGAAAAUGUAAUUGCUGGGGAGCCAAGACUGACUUAUUUUGUGAACCAGAACUCCUUUACGGUAGAAGCAGGCAGGAAAGGCUGAGAGGGGCUGGUGUGGCAACUUGCAAACCCAAUGACGACAUUUCAAUUCACAAUCUUUGUAAGAAAAUGAUGUUUCAACCUGAAUCUUGACAUUAAAGUAUAUGUUUACAAAACUGCCAGUUAGAUAAGUAUGUAAGACGAUUAAAUAGAAAAAAGACAUUCACAGACAUUUUCUUCCAUGUUAUUUGAAUGUGUUGUUUCUGGUGGACAUGUCAAACAUUUCACUGUUUUUUAGUAGAUCAAAAAUAAAUGACAACUAGUGCAAGACCUGUUGCAAACAA